AGAUGGAGUCCGAGCAAGGAAAGGAGCAAUAGAAAGUUGCAGAUUUUUUCUGCUAUUUAUGAGCGCGGUGGCGGAAUCGCUAAGCCGCCGCGGCGGUCAGAUUCAGAAGAUCUGUUCAGGAGAUUGCCGGAUGAGAUCGUUCUGGAUAUCCUUUCCCGGUUGGGAACGGUGAAUGAAACGGCGAGAUGCGGCAGCCUCGGGAAACGUUGGAGGGGUAUAUGUCGAUUGAUUGACGGUGGGGUUCUGGAUUUCGACAAAUCGUUGGACCUACUGAGGAGCACCAUCCCAAAGACGCCGACUUUGGAGAUUUCGAAGGAAGCCCAACUUCGAUUCGCGAAUGCGGUGAAUCAAGCCCUGAGCUGGCAUCGGUCCGAAACUCUGGAUGCUUUGAGAAUAGCGUUCGAUUUGUACGGAUUGGGAGAGGAAGCCUGGAAGUGGAUCGAAUUCGGGUUGAAGAAGAGAGUUAAAGAGCUGAGAUUGCUGUCUUGCUUCUCCUACUCUGGAGACCAUCGCAUCCCUCUGCCACUUUUGACACCUGAAUUUCUGGGUACACAGGAUCUCAGCCGGCUGGAGGUCUUGGAGCUGGAGGGCUUGUCGAUAAUUACCCAAGAAACUGUGGACUACAUUUUCUCCCACUGCCACUCCCUGAAACGCUGGGUUCUCCGCAAUUCCUGUUUUAGAGGUGAAGUAGUUAGAGUUUCCAACGUUGAGAAACUGCAGUACUUGGAGUUCACCCGCCUAUAUUUUGCCCGCAGGAUAGAACUGAUGUCUGCUCCAAAUCUUCAUACUGUCAAGUUCACAGGGAAUGCAACAAUCUGUUUCGGGGACCAACUUCCUCAACUUCUGGAGGCAUCCUUUUGUGGUGCUCUCAAGGCCUCAGAUUACUCCCUCCCUUGGCCUCCCUCUCAAUUUUGCAGGUAUGCACCACGGUUAGAGCGUCUCACACUCGAGCUCCGUAUGUCCAACUUCUUCAAUGCUUCUCGGGGACGAUUGGAUUGGUUGACAUUUGAGAACCUCAGAGUCUUGGAUUUGGUCGUGUAUUCUAGCUCUUCAAGUUUCUUAGCGUGCACCAUGCCUCUAAGAGCGGCUCCAAUGUUGCGGGAAUUGUCCAUAUGGUUCAGUAUUCCAGAUUACUUGAAGAAAGCCUGGGAGCCAAGCGACUUGAGUGCUGGGUCAACAUGGUGGGAGCAUCACUCUCUUGAGGUGCUUAAGCUGUAUGGGGUGCAUCGAACAUCAAAAUUGGAUGAGCCAAGAUUCAGGCGGCCUGGACGUGAAUCUCACGAUGCUCGCGUACUUUGCCUUGAGGUUGCUGCUCACAUCAUCAUCAACUCACCUUCCUUGAACGAGGUUCUUAUCGACACCCGCCACCAAAAUUUAAUGUUCACUUCUACUGAGUGCAGGCCUUCAUGUCAGAUUGAUAUCGAUACCCGUGAAGCGAGAAUGGAGUUGGAAACCCAACUCCAAGGCCGCUCAGCCAGCCCUCAUAUUCACUACACUUAUCGGUAGUAUAAUAUAUACGUAUGUAUCUAUCAUAUUUUGAUGUAAUGCUUGAUUAAGGAUUUGCUAUGCUGACCCGAGAUGUUAUUAUGGAUAAACUCUUCAAAACAAGUUAUCUUAUAUUUUUCACAACAAAGCUUCUUCCUUCGUUCUCUUUGAUCAUAGUACUCUCAUUUCCCCUCCAGUAUACAAAUCUUUUCUUUCAUAUUGCUGCUCUUAGUUUUUGGUGGAUACUUUGGAGGACUAUAUUCUAUUGUUUUGACUUAGCAAUUAAGGUUCACUGGUCCCUCUUUUAUAAGAUACUAUGGCUGGGUGCAUGGAUUUCUUACAUCAUGGUUGCAUUAUAGGACUGAAUUUCCUAUUAUAUUAGUGUCACUAUUCACCAUUCCACAAUUUUUGAAGAUAAUGAAUCUCCACCUCAAGUAAUCUGCUGCAGAGUUGAAUGAUUAAUAGCAGAUGACUGAUUAGUGCAGGGAAGGUCGACAGAACAGCUGGGGAGACCUGGCUAAACUCUGUGCAGAAAGAGCCACUCUCCACUCAGUGCAGUUUGUAAUUCGUCACAUGCCACGGUUUGUUGCUGCAGAAGAUGAGAGGAAGGGUAGCAUGCCUGUUGAUGAUGAUGUGGUUGUGGUGAUCCAGUGGGUGUACUGUUGGAAUUUGCAGCAGCUCUCAUAGCUUGUUUGAACCAUGACAAGUAGUACUUGUGUUGCAUGUGUGAAUUCAAAUGGGUUUGCUGCUGUUGGAAAAUGCAGGCUCCAAUACCAAUUCGAACAGCCUUUGGUGAAUCAAGAAUGGCGCUAAACAGAGUCUACUGAGUUCGAUUCCAACAAUUUGUCGCAGCCCGUUUAGAGGUUUUGCUGGAGGGCAGCAGCGUGAUGUAGUCUUGUGCGAAUAGUAGGUUUUGUGUAGUUCCCGCUUGUUUGUUGCCUUGCUCGUUUUUUCCUGUCUUUCCCUUUUCUGUUUUGUGUAGCAGGCUUUGUUUAAACAAAAAGAAAUAAGUAAUGCAGGGU